AUGACUCAGGUGCCUGCUGACUACCUGUCAACCACCAGCUCCUACAACUAUGAGCAGCCCCUUCCCUCCGUGGCUCGGACAAGUGCCGUCACCAAGGUACCCCCAGCCAAAAAAAUAACCUUCUUCAAGAGCGGAGAUCCUCAGUUCGCAGGAGUCAAGAUGGCCAUCAACAAGAGAAGCUUCAAGAGCUUCAAUGCACUCAUGGAUGACCUCUCUCAUAGGGUUCCACUUCCAUUUGGGGUACGGACCAUCACCACUCCACGAGGAAUACAUUGCAUUAGUGAGCUGGACCAGCUGGAGGAUGGAGGGUGCUACCUUUGCUCCGACAAGAAAUACGUCAAGCCCAUCAACAUUGUUGCUGGGGGACACAGGCCAGGCCCUCCACGAAAUGGUCGUCCCUCCAGUACCUUGAGAAGAGCAGUUCAGGAGGCCAGGCUUGAAGAUUAUUCCACACCUUUCCCUCACCACGGGCCCAGAAUACCCAAGAAAAUCACUCUGGUUAAGAAUGGAGAAAGUGGUUUUCGGCGCUCAAUUAUCUUGAACCGCAGAAACGCCAGGAGUUUCAAAACACUCCUGGAUGAGAUUUCAGAGAUCCUGCAGUUCCCAGUGAAGAAGCUCUACACCGUUGAUGGGAAGAAGAUUGACAGCAUGCAAGCUCUGCUUCACUGCCCCAGCGUGCUGGUGUGCGUCGGCCGGGAGCCAUUUAAACCCAUAUCGAUGGAGAAUUUGAGGAAGCACUCGGUGGAGAAGCUGCCUGACCUGGCUCCCCAUUCCAACGGCAACAAUGUCAAUGAAAACAAUGAAAAAAAGUCCUAUCCUAAUGGUCUCGCUGCCUCACCAGACAAUGGUGCACCUUUCCCACACAUUUGCUCGCACCCAAAACCCGGAGACCUGGUCCAUUCCUUGGUCAACGAUGACAUCGAAAAACGGGUACAUGUCAACAAGGAUGGUAGCCUGUCUGUAGAGAUGAAAGUUCGCUUCCGCUUGCUAAAUGAUGAGACUUUGCAAUGGUCCACCCAGAUUAAAAAGUCCAACCUGAUGAACCAGAUGCCUUGCGAAGAGUCGGGCGUAGAGGAGGACAGUGGAGUAGACCCCAUACAGAAAAUGAACCCAGAAGCCAGCUCAGAGGCAGAUGAGUCAUUAUAUCCUUGUGAUAUUGAUUCUUACAUGUCAAAACUUGAGGAAUCAGAAUGCGAUGAGGCUCAUUGUCAUAACUGUGGCAAGAAACACCAGGACUAUGACAUUUGGAAAAAUCCUAUGCACACGUCCCAGAGGGAAGAGCCCAGUGUACGAAGCACAUGGCACACGCGGUCGUCCUGCUCCAGCACAUCUUCAAGAAGAAGAAUAGUCCACAAAAAAAUGGCUUCCAUGGAUAGCCUCCACACCACAUCCAGUGAGGAAUUCUCUGAGCGCAUUGUGCGAGAAUCCUCAUCCUACUCAGAGACUAUAGAGAACAGAGUGGCAUAUCGAUCCAUCAAAAAGUCUGCAACCGAAGUAAAAGAUCAGAAGAAUAAAGAGAUUGAUGACUCUUGCAACAGGAAAGUGGAUGAGGAGUUAGAAGGCACAGGCAUGCAGGAGGAAGGGAGUGAUUUGAUGCCAUCUACUCUACCAAAUACAUCUCCAGAAGAAGUUGUGCAAGAAUGGCUAAGUAAAAUCCCUGCAGAAACAUUGCUUAUGAAAUAUGAAAUGGAGGAUGAUGCAGAAGAGGAAUGUAUAGAGGCAACCACUGAGGUAUCAUGCUGUACAAACGCUGAGGAAAUCUCAGAGGAUGAAAAAGCUGAGAAAAAGAAUGUGGAGGAGGCUGAAAAUGAGGCAAAGGAUGAAGUGGGACAAGAGACGGCUGAAGGCCCUGCUAUUAAUCAAGAGGAUGAAGAAUGCAUGGAUCAGGAAAAAAUCUCAGAGUCUGAAGCUGCCAAGGCUGACCAGGCAGAAUGCAUGCAGUCAGUUUCAUCCAGCCAAAACGACAACAGAAGAGACCUACCAGCCUCUGUCCAGACUUCCGUCCAGAUCAUGAAGGCCUUGCUCGGUUCAAAACAUGAAACAAAAUUUGACCGAUCAAACAGCUUGCCUGAAGUGUCCCCCACUAUGGGGAGAAAACUGAGUAACUCUGCCAAUGUUUUGAUUACUUGUCUUGCCAGUCUCCAACUCCUUGACGAAGAGUCAGAAGAUCCAUCAGAUAAAUCAAAACGUUUGAGUAAGCCAAGGUAUAUGGAGCUGCUAAAUAUUUUUCAAGCCCUGUGGUUUGGAUGCACAGCUGAAAAAAGUGGUCCGAGUUCAGGUCAAGAGGCAUGUGAGCAGGCAAAGACAGCCUCUGUGUUUAAAGUCCCAAAAUCUGUAGAUUACGACUUCACUCCCAUGUCCUCCUCUGGGGUUGAUGUUUGCAGUGGCUCUGGUGGUUCGGGAGAAGAGAGUACAGCUGGUGCCAGGGACUGCACUUUAAUGGCACAGAAAGCUGCUGAAUUCAAACCAGCUGAACAAGUGGAAAAUGUAGAGACUGGCAAUGAGCUGGCUGAGGCUGAGGAGCAAGGUAAAGAGGAAGAGCAGUCAUCUCGACCUUCGACAGCCUGCUCAAAAUCAAAAGGUGAGGAAAAAGCACAGUCUGCUAGACAGGAAUCUGUAAUUCAGGAGGCAGAAGAGAAUAGGGAGGAUCAGUGCAGUAACUGUGAAAAUGGUCAGGAGGAAGAGGGAGAAAAAGAAAAUGAAGAAAACAGCAAAUUAGCUGAAAAUGGAGAACAAGAAGGAGCUGAAGCUGUAAAUUAUGAACUCACAAAAGAAAAUCUUACAGAGGAAGCUGCUCAGCUAGCCACUACCAAUGACACAAAUGUCAAUGAUGUUGACUGUGGGACAGAACUGAAAACUGAUUUGGAAGAGCAACUUGAAAAAGUGUCUCCAAAUGACCGAAAGCACCAUGUCAAUAUGGCCACCAGUGUGGGCACAUCCCUUGUCCAGCAAAAUUCAAUGGAUCCAGACCCAAUCUGGGUCCUGAAGCUGCUCAGGAAAAUCGAGAAGGAGUUCAUGGCUCAUUAUGUCAGUGCCAUGGAUGAGCUCAAAGUGAGGUGGAACCUGCAGAACAACCAGCAGAUGGAUGAAAUGAUACUGGAGCUGAAGGAGGAAGUGAGCAAAAGGAUACAAAAAAGCAUAGAGAAGGAGCUGAGGAAGAUCAAAGCCAGAGCGGGGAAGAAGACACCAAGACCUCCAGAUGAACCACUCAAGCGUGAGUCAACGCUCCAAACCGAGCAGAGGAGACUGCGAUUGCAGACUAUGCACAAAAAGUCACUCUUCAGUGACAAGAAUGGAACCCAGAGCAGGCUAGAGGACACAUCAGACUUAUCACUUGAGGUAGAUGAAGAUACAGCAUUUAGUGCAGCUUUUGAGGUCAGUAUUAGUAAGCAAGCGAGUGAGGAAGAAUACUGCCCAUGUGACUCUUGUUUGAGGAAAAAGAUAGCUUCCAAGUCCACAAGAAACCCAGUGGUGGCCACCAAUGCCCCAGUCAUGAAAGCAUUUGAUUUACAGCAGAUCCUGAGGUUGAAGAAAAAUGAUGAGGAAGCCAGUGUCUCAGAAGCUGCCCAGGACAUGAAAAAAAUUCCCAGCAGUUCUGUGGAGGAAGCAGCAGAAAAUGGCAAUGCAAAUGAGAAUGAUGAGGGUGAACUCCAGCCAAGUGGAACAGAAGUGGAGGGCAAUGAAGAAAUGGAGACGGAAUUAAAUGAAGUGGGCAGCUCAUUGAUGAACGGAGACACAGAAGGAGCUGAAAUAUCAGGCAGUCAAAACUGUGAGACAGAGGAUAAGGAAGAUGAAGAGAAAUCUGAGGCUGAGGAUGAAGCUGACAAUGAAGCUGAAGAAGCAGAGGAGCCAGAGGAUGAGGACAUUGGGGUUGAUGAUGAGGAAGAGAGAUCUGAAUGCAGAGGAGAUGCUGAAGGCUCUGGAACUGACAACAAUCUGGAAGGAGAUGCUGCAGAAGGAAGGGAAGAAGCUGAGCAACAUGAAGCUGAGGCAGUGGAAGAUGCAAAUCCAGAGUCAGAAGAUGAGACAUGUCCAGCUGAGGAGGAACAGAACAGUGAAGGAGGUGACAAAUAUGAUGAGAAUGAUGAGGAACCUACCAGUGAUGGUCCUGACAAGGCACAUGAAAAACACAAAGGCAACAACAAGGUUUCUGAGAAAGCCUUAAGGGCCAAAGGCAAAAAAACCAACAGAAGGCUAGAGACUGUGAACAAAGCAGCCGCCUUUUCUUGUUAUUCUUCCAUGGGAAACUUCUCACAGCAAUCCCAGAAGGGGUCUGAAGAUGAAGGUGAAGAGGAAUGCAAAGAUGACAAUAAUGCCACGAACAACCAACCCAAUGGAGAGGUUCAAAGUGAUGAGAGCAGCAAACAGCCACAGAUGUAUCCUGACAGUGAGGAAGAAGAGGACAAAGCAUCUUCAGGCAGUGAUCCUUUGGGAGAUGAGGACCAGGCAGAUGCUGAAGGUGCAGAUCCAAAGGAGACUGAAAAUACUGAUGAACUUCAGGCUUCUAAAAAGAAAAACUCUGAUGAGAUUGACCAAGAUGACCUGGACUUCUAG